UCCGCCGCCACCACUAUAAAUAGCACCCGUUGAUGCUGGGGCAGACACUCAGCACCAGACGGCGGCAGCAGUAGACAGCAGCAUCAGACAUGGGCAUCGAGAAGUACGCUGGCCGCGUGGCCCUGGUUACUGGCGCCAGUUCCGGCAUGGGCGCCGCUAUCGUUCAGGAGCUGCUCAAGCACGGCAUCCACGUGGUCGGCCUCGCCAGGAGAGUGGAACUGAUCAAGGCUCUUGAAGUGAAGGGGUCGCCGGGAAAACUGUACGCUCUUCAGGGAGACGUGGGAAAAGAAGAAAGCAUCCUCUCAGCUUUCAAAUGGAUUAGGGAGAACCUCAAAGGAGUCGACAUCCUCGUCAACAGCGCCGGCGUCGACUACGACACUGAUUUUAUAUCCGGUAAAACAGAACACUGGAGACAGAUGUUUGAGGUGAACGAGCUUGGGCUGGCCAUCUGCAGCAGGGAGGCGGUCCAGGACAUGAUGAGGAGGGGCGUCGACGACGGCUUCGUCAUCCACAUCAGCAGUACUGGGGCCCAUAUACCGAUGUACGUUGAUGGCCUCGGGAUGCACUCAGCCAACAAAACAGCCGUGAGGGUCAUGGCUGAAGGACUCAGGAAGGACCUCGUCGCAAAAAAGAGCAACAUUCGUGUUGGGCAAAUUUCUCCUGGGGUCGUGUUAACCAAUGCGAUGAAUCAGUCUGAAAGGUGGGCAGAGAAUUUAAAGUCAUUGCCUUACUUGGAAGCGGAAGACAUAGCAAAAGCCGUGGUCUAUAUGCUUUCCCAGCACCCAAGGGUUCAGGUUCACGACAUCAUUAUCCGACCAACAGGAGAAUACUACGGGUGAUUUUGCACUGAAUGUUGCCAUCAGUGUAUUGUAAUUUCUGAUUUUAAGCUUAAUAAAACAUCUAGUUGAAAA